AUGCAUCCCGCCCUCCUGAUCCUGCUCUGCGUGCUCGCCACUUCGGCCCUGUCCGCCGUCGGGCACGCGCGCAUCACCUCGCUCCUCUCCCCGCUCUAUCUCCGCCUCUUCCACGCGCGCGCACACGCCCACUCGCGCGCGGCUCGCGCCGAGCUGCUGCGCCUGCGCCUCGAGCUGGGCGGCAUCUCGGCUCAGGACGACUUUGCCAAGUGGGCCAAGAUGCGGAGGAGGGUCGACAAGCUGCAGGUCGAGGCCGAGGCUGGCAAUGCAUCCACACAAGCAGCACUCUCCUUUUUCGCGCUGCUCAUCCGCGCCGGCAUGCUGCUGGCCACGACGGUAUUUCCCUUCGUGCUCACCACGUACUACGGCAAGACGCCCAUGUUCUUCCUGCCGCCCGCGCGCCCCAACGCGCCAGAGGGCACGACGUGGCUGGGCCCGAUUGGCUGGGUGCUGAGCCUGACGGCUGCGCCGGCUGUGUCCGCAGGCGUCUGGAGCACCGUCGUGACGCGCGUGCUGGGCCUCGCCAUUGGCGCCGUCGCGUCCGUGAGCAAGGACGUGCAGGGCGUGCGCAGCAAGCGCGCCGCUGCCCAGGCCGGCACUGCUGCGGGCGCGGAGGGCGAGAAGGCGGGGCAGAAGAGCGCAGUGGGAGCAGGAGGCAAGGGAGAGAAGAAGAUGCAAUAG